CCAUCUUUAUCUCCGUCUUUUUGCUGGAGCCUCACUUGUGCCUCCGCUGCCACGCAAUCGCCCUCCAUCCUCCAUGCGCAGCAUCCGGUAGCGACGACCGCCCACACGGAGCAGGCAGAAUGGCAGCCGUGGCAGACGAGGUCACCACCGGCCACAAACGAGGCCCCGGCCGGCCCUCAAGAGGCGCAAUGCCCGCUGUCAAAAAGCAGAAGACGGCCGCCUUCACCCCGACUCGUGAUAGCUCCGUCGCGCCCUCUCCUGUCGCUAACUCCCCAGCGCCCGAGAAGAAGCUGAGCGGCUUGGUCGCAAAGCUGUCCGAUGCUAAACCGCUGCCUGUUCUGCCCGAUCCCCAACCACUGUCCCUGUCCGACGAUGAAUACCAGUCUCUCAUAUCCAGUGCCGUGUUGGCAACGUCUCUAGAACGAUCUCGGCUACGAUGGAUCUCGGAGGGCGUGUUCGAGCGAUAUUGGGUCAAGCCCGAGGGCGGCAAGAAUGGCAAGCCGCCGCCUCCCAACAACCCAGAUGCGAAAUGGAUGAAGAGCCGGGGGGAAUGCAGGAUACGCAUUGAGCCACAUCUGUUCGUGGCCGACAUGUACGUCGAGGAUAGGGGAAAGCCGCCGGGGCCAGCGUCGAAGCAGCCCAUUCCGCAAUACAGACCAAUGCAGCAGCAUGGAUCUCAGCAGUAUCAAAACCGGUCACUACCAGCAGUGCUCCUGCCGCCGAACAGCGGACAGAAUGGUCCUGGCGCUCCGCCCAAAAGCCAACAGCCUCAAAGACCCCAGCAACCAGGCCCUCGAGCGCCGCAUGCGAGCUCUUCGGCCUCUGCAUCGUCCUCAAUCCCUCCACAGGGUCCGAAGCCAGAUCCCGUCAUCAGCAUGUUGGCAACUCGAGCGUCGAAUGACCCACAGCUCAAAGCCCUGAUGAAGGAGGUCGCUACAGGCAACGCCACGCAGGAGCAGCUCAAGGUAUUUCAGAAGCAUAUAGAUGAGCUCACUGCCAUAAUCACGAAACAGAGACAGGACGAGGAGGAUUCCACAGCAAAACCCUUCGAGCAGGGUAACAUGAUACAGUACGAUGGGCCCUCGGAUACGCAACCUAGCAUCGCAUCUCAAGCCGCAUUGCAGCCACCACUGAAGCCUCCUAUCCAUCCCGCUGCACAGCAUCCUCCACCACAAUACGGACAGCAGCAGACGUGGUCGGCACCCUUACCAGCGCCGACAAACUUACCUGUCAUACUCGCCUUCAAAGACGCUGGAGCCACCGAAGAUCGGUUCUUGUUUCCGGAACACAGUAUCCUCGAAGCACUAUCCCCUCAGCACUUGCUUGUCAGCUUCAUCGUGACGCGCAAAGGGCAUCAAGCUGUUGACACAACGUAUCUGGACCUGAACACAGAGUAUUGGCAACCGGUGACCAUCAUGAUUGAAGUCGCCUACGGGCGAGAGGAGCUAUUGAAUUGCAUACGUCGGUGGGUCAAGCCGGCGGACGAAGUUCGAAAGCAUAUGGAGAGCGUUAUGCAGAGCUGCGAGCGGGUUCCGGAAUGCCACUUGGCUCUCCGUCUGCCCUUCAAAAGUACAGCUACGGCCGAAAGUGAAGAGGUCUCAAAAGAGGCCACGCCGAUAUUGGAGGAUCGUGCCAGGCCGAAAGCUGGUGCAAAGGCUGCCAAGAAGGCUGCUUCUGCUCCCAAGGGAGAGGCGGAUGCUGCGAGGCGGCAGUCUGGAAACCAGCUUGCUGAAUCCAUUACUGUGCAGCCCAAGGGCGGGAGUAAAGUUCAGGUGCCUAGUGCGACGCCAGAUAAGCCUGCGUUACACAACGUAACGGCAACCGACCAAGCAGAUGGCGCUGCAGAAGGCGAGGACGGUGGGCGACCAAGAAGAGCGACCCGGAAGAGCGUCAGGAUCAGUGAAGGCUAA